UGUCAAAAGAGAAAUCUGCAUGAAUUUGUUAUUCAGUGUGUGGUUUAAAAUCGCUGAGCAUUUGAGUUUAAUUGCACAAUUUGGAAGCGAUUUUAUAACACAUAAAAUUAUAAAUUUGGCUUAUCAAGAGUUUGUUAAGUUUGGAAACAGGUUUUUAGUUAUAUGGCGAAGCAUUCACAAAUUCCGAAACACCCAAAUCCAAGCAUAUUUGGAACAGCAGCUGUUAAAUUCACUAUAUCUAUGAAUUUAUCAGAACAGUAAACCGCAGCAUUUGAAAAAUUUGUUUGCUCGCAGUCAGUCGAAGUAUUAAUCUCAACUUAAGAUGGCCAUCUACUGUUGGGGCAAUAGCGUUCAUGGUGAGCUCGGUCUGGGCGGAAUCGAAGAAGAGCAGGUAAUGCUUCCUCGAGAGAUGAGCUGGUGUCACGCAACCAGCUUACAGCAGGUUGCUUGUGGUGGAUCACAUUCGCUGCUCCUGACCGAUGAUGGCAAAUUGUUUGCUUGCGGAAACAACGACCUAGGCCAGCUUGGGCACGACACCGCCGACGUGCCAAAUAAAAGGCCACGUAUGUCGCGGUUUAAAUUUGUUUCUUCGUUGGAGAACUAUAUCAUUACGCAGGUCCGCAGUGGAUCGGCACACUCGUUAGCUUUGACCAACUGGGGUCAGUUGUUUAGCUGGGGUUCAAAUGCCGUCGGUCAGCUGGGACACGAUAGCGAUCAGAGCAGUUUUUCCACGCCUCGGAUGGUCAAAUCGAUUGCAACGAAGACUAUCGUCCAGAUUGCUGCCGGUCAAAUGCACUGUUUGGCGCUGACGAAUAGUGGAGAGUUGUAUGCCUGGGGUGCCAAUGGAUACGGGCAGCUGGGACUGGGAAUGACUAAUGAAAAGAUAUCGAGCCCAGCGCUGGUUAAAUCGCUAGCAGGCGUUCCAAUAGCUUUUAUUGCUUGCGGUGGGUGUCACAGCUUCGCCAUUUCCAAAUCAGGAGCAAUAUUUUGCUGGGGUAAAAACACGUUCGGUCAACUUGGCCUAAACGAUCUCAAUUCACGCUGUUAUCCGACCCAAUUGAAAACGCUGCGUAGCCUCGGUGUACGGUAUAUCAGCUGCGGAGACGAUUUUUCUGUAUUUCUUACACAAGAAGGUGGUGUUUUGACCUGCGGGGCAGGCACUUUUGGGCAACUUGGCCAUGGAACCUAUAGCAAUGAAAUACUACCAAGAAUGGUGUUCGAAUUAAUGGGUAGCAAGAUAACGCAAAUUGCAUGCGGCCGGCGGCACACACUAGCUUUUGUACCGUCACGGGGCAAAAUCUAUGGCUUUGGAUUAGGAGGUGUUGGUCAGUUGGGCGUGGGAGUAAGUACCAGUUUUAAUACGCCACAGAUCGUACGGGGGCCAUGGGUCGACUCUUCGAUUCAACCGAGUACAGAGCCCCCCGAACUAGUCGUCAGUAAAAUAUUCUCUGGCGGGGAUCAGUGUUUUGUUUCGCUUACAACAUUGACACUAACAGAAAUCAGUCCCGCCGACUAUCGGCUGUACGAACCAGUUACCCAAAUUCUUUCGAUGUCUGUCGAAACUAGUAAGAAGUUAUCCGUUAUUCAACAUGACGAAACCGUAGACAUGGACCUGAUUACACUGGUGGAAACGGUGUUCAAAAGUUUGGCCUGCUUCAACGGUUCCUGGUUAAUGCCGAAUGGUGAGCAUCUGUGCUGCACAUCCAAGCAUCCAGGAGUGGACAUCGAAGCGGCCGAAGAGGCUUUCGGAAACAUUCGGAAAAUCGAGCAUGAUACGCUUAAACAAUCUAUCUGGGAAGCUAUUUCCUCAGAUCUACUUAGUUCGUUAGUUGCCUCACCUGCCGACGUAGAAACCCUUCGAGUAUACUUGACGCUUCCCAUGUACCAUGAAUUCAUCAAUUCGAAGAACUACCUUAAAUUGCAUUCGCCUUUCAGUCGAGCAGUACAGAACUUGCAAAAAAUACCGUUACAAAUUGUUUCCCAGUGGUGGUCUCGGCAAACGAAAGAAUACUUCGAACGGUUAGUUGAAAAUUUUAAAAGUGUUAUUCUGUACAUAAUAAAUUUUAAGUUCCCAAAACCGGUUGGUGGCGAAGAAAGGCAAGCACUCUGCUAUGAGGUAAAUCUUGCAUUAAUGCUAAACAUUCUGGAAAUCUUGUACAAAAUCAACAAUACUCAGCGAUCACAAAAGCUCACCCAACAACAGUUUCAAAUCAAUGAAAUCGAUGAUCUGGUCGAUAUUCGACAGGACUACGUACGCUGGGUAAUGGAUGCGCACGGAAACUAUUUCUCACUGUGUAAUUAUCCAUUCAUUUUCAACGCAUCAUCGAAAACAAGGCUUCUGCAAACGGAUCAAGCUAUACAGAUGCACCAGGCGAUGCAAAGUGCCGUAACCGCGAGCUUCUUUGCCAUGUUCAACCCGGAUGCAACAGUUUCGCAGUUUAUUGUGCUAAAUGUAACGAGAGAGAAUAUUGUAGCAGAUACCAUACGAGAACUGGCGCAAUACACGGAAAAUGAUCUGAAGAAACCUUUGAAAAUACGCUUCCAUGGUGAGGAAGCAGAGGAUGCUGGCGGAGUGACCAAAGAGUUUUUCAUGCUUUUGCUCAAGGACGUAUUGGAUCCGAAGUAUGGAAUGUUCAAAACAUAUGAAGAUUCCCGAGCUAUUUGGUUUACUGAGGAUUUCUUCGAGAAUGAAGACAGAAUGUUUGCGCUGAUCGGAAUCUUGUGCGGAUUGGCGAUAUACAACUUCACUAUAAUCAAUCUUCCAUUCCCGUUGGCGCUGUAUAAAAAGUUGCUGGGUGAAGCAGUGGAUAUCGGUGAUCUUCGCGAUUUAGCUCCAAUAGUUGCCAAUUCAAUGCAGAGCAUUCUGGACUACUCAGAGCCAGAUUUCGAGGAAGUGUUUGAUUUGACCUUUUCAACCACCCGAGAUUAUUUCGGCGAAAUUCAAACGAUCGAGCUAAAACCAAAUGGCGAGAAAAUUCGAGUAACACAAGAAAAUAAGGAGGAGUUUGUCAAACUUUACAUUGACUACAUACUGAACAAAUCGGUGGCAAAAUCAUUCAAACAGUUUUACAAUGGAUUCAUGAAAGUGUGUGGAGGUCGCGUAUUAAAGCUGUUUGAAGCACAAGAACUGAUGGCUGUCGUCAUUGGAAACGAGGAGUACGACUGGCUGGCACUGGAAGAGAAUGCCGAAUAUAGAAACGGAUACAAGUCUAGUGAUCAAACGAUACGCUGGUUCUGGGAAGUUUUCCACGAGUUGCCUUUAGAGGAGAAAAAGAAUUUUCUGCUUUUCCUAACAGGCUGUGAUCGCAUACCGAUUCAGGGUAUGAAGGCUAUCAAGAUCUACAUUCAACCCACCACAGACGAUAAAUUUCUCCCUGUAGCUCACACGUGCUUCAACCUUCUGGAUCUACCCCAGUAUCAAACGAAGGAGAAACUGAAAUACAAACUACUGCAGGCUAUCCAACAGACUCAGGGUUUUAGUUUGGUGUAAACUGUCGAUUGUGCGUGUUCUGAAAACCGAGCUUUACAGUAUGCCGAGUUAUGAAUGAUUACGAUGUGUGAGAAAGAUGAUAACGCCAAAUUUUACACGUUUCUUCACUUACAUUCGACAGCGGUUAAUUCUAAAAUAUAUCCGUCGUGUCUAUAAAUCUAUAAUUUUUAUUAUUAAUAAUUGCUCUAAUUUUGAUUGAGUUUGAUACAAUUUAGAGCAUGUUCUGCUUACACCAAAAAUUCAACAUUUUGCACUCUGAUUCGGCCGAUGGUCCUGAGAUACAUAGUUUGCAAUUCGAAAGUACCGCUAAGAUGUGCAUGCAUUUGGGAUUGUUCUAUAAAUCUGAUUCAAUGUUAUUGUUAUUUUUUAUUGUUUUGAAAUUUUGAGGUUAUAGCUUUUCUGAUAAAACAACUUUGUUAAUGCGAAAUUUUGCGAACCUUUUUGUUGCGCAUAGGUAAGCUGUUGUCUAGUUUCGCAAGUAUUACGAAAAUUGAGGAUUGUCUAGAAUUGAAACUGUUAAUAAGAGACUUUUUCAU